AAUUAACCACUCCUUGAAUUAACCAAUACUCCCCUAAAGCCUAAAAAACCAAUCAAGAACACCACAUCCCCCACGCUCUGCCGUCUACACAAAGCCUAAUCACUCGCCAUUUUCGAUCAAAUCAUUAUUUUUCUCGAAUCGUUUCCCAGACCUGAAUAACUGCAAAUCAAGAAAUUGAUUUAGCAUUGGAGGCGAGUAAGUGUAAUUCAUGUACUCGUGCAAGUGUGGUUAGUGCUCGUGCUAUGUCUUUGCUUCCAUGCAAGGCUUUCUCUUCUACUACUGAAUUGAAUAUUAGGCCAAAGGCAAGCUGCCAUGAGAGAGAGAGAGAGAGAGAAUAUGAAUGCCAAACAGGGCUUUAGUAACCACUAUCUUUACUUGAAUGUUAAAUUUCAAUUGGGGAAGUGAACAGUUGAAAAGAGAGUAGAAACAACACUUAUGAUAAGGGCUCCUUUUUCUUUUUUUUUUUUUUUUUAAUCCUUUUUCUGUGAACAGAUCUUGUAUUUUGUCUCCGAAUUUAUGAUGGGUUCUCCUUUUAUCCCUUCAGAAUUUGCUUUUCUUCAGUGUUGGAGUUGCAGCUUCUGAAGAAAGCUAAGCUUUUUUGUUGAUCCUGAUUUUCAACCUCUGUUCGAUUGAAUUCUUGAGUCUUUUUCUUUCAAUGUGAUGCUUCGAUUGAGCAUAAUUGAGCUGAUAAUUGAGGUUUCCUGAAUUUUAUCAUCUGGGUUUUUGUUUUCCCGUUCUUGGAUCGUAGAAGCUUUUCUUGCAAUGGGGGAAGUUCAAGGACAGAGGUAUGUGUGCAAGAUAUGCAGCAAGAGUUGCGUUAGCGGGAAGUCUUUGGGGGGGCACAUGAGGGUUCAUUUGGCUCUGAUUUCAGCUUCUAAAAAAGCAGCAAAAAAGAGAGCUGAGAUCAAAGUGGAGUUUGAGGGCGGUGAGGAUGAUGAUGAUGGCAGUUUUCAGCUUAAGAAAAGCUCCAAGAAUCAAUCCAACAGUGCUCUUCCGGAUGAAGAACAGAUCAAGAACUGUGACGGAGCCAUGGAUUUGGGAGAUGGUGAUCAGAACAGCAGCUAUGAAUUGAGAGAGAAUCCAAAGAAAUCUUGGAGGAUUUCUGAUUCCAAAACCGGUGUUUCGAAGAUCAGAGCUGCUUGUAAAGAAUGCGGCAAAGAGUUCCCUUCAUUGAGAGCUUUGUCAGGUCACAUGAGGAGCCACUCAAUCAAGAAUAGGAAGCUUCAUCAGUGCAAGGAAUGUGGUAAAGGUUUUGAUUCAAUGAGAGCUAUGUUCGGCCAUAUGAAAACUCACUCCAAGAGAUCAAGGGUCCCUGAUGAAUCUGCAGACAGUUUGUCUGAAUUGGAGAAUUUGUGUCCCAUUCGCAGGAAACGGUCCAGGAUCGGGUAUAAGAGUACUUCAAAUCCUUCUCUUUCCAGUUUGAAUGCAUCUACUUCUGCUGUUUCUGAAGCUGGGGAGGUAGAGGAGGUGGCUAAGUGCUUGAUGAUGCUUUCGAGGGGUGUGAAGGUAUGGCGAAAAUCUGACUUAGUUGCUGAAUCCUCUGAUGAUGAUUCUGUAUACUUUGGAGCUGAAUCAUCCUGUAAAAGAGAGAAAUUCUAUGAAAAUGAUGGAGAUUUUGGGUGUGAUGGUGCUAAGAAGAUGAAGAUGAGUUUAUCAACUGGGAAGCUUGAUUAUUGCGUUCCUUGUUCUACAAAUGCAUUUGCUGAAAGGAAUGUGUCUGAAUUUGAUGAUCUUGAUUCUAGGUGGUCCGCAGAAGAUGAAAUGAAGGUUGAUUUCGAGGUUUCUGAUGAAACAAAAGUUGAUUUAAAAGUUUCUGAUGAUGGGAAGCCUAGUGUUCAUAAGCUCGUGAAACUAGAAGAUUUGAAUGAGUUUGCUGUGGGGCUGGAAUAUGCUGGUGAUUCUAGGAGUUCCGAUUCAACAAGAUUUGCAGAAUCGCAUAAUGAUCUCUUGGGGGCAGCUGGUAUGAAUGGAGCUGGCUCAGAAUUCUUCAAAUUCGACUCUUCCAAGAAAGGAAGCUCUUCCGUUGAUCAGUCUGGCCUUUCAAAAUACUGUUCUGAAAAUGAAGCUGAUGAUCUUGAAACUUUGAAGGACUUUGUGGAAAAGCGCAGAACCUGUGACAAAUUCUUUCACCCUCUCUGUGAGUUAGGAGGCCACAGUGCGAGGCAUAAACUGCAGGGAAAUAGCUCCUCAAUGCCUAAAACUCCUAGCCUUUUAUCCAUUACUGUAGCUGAUUCAAAGCUAGAUCAGCUUGAGUGCAGUGAUAAUCAACUUGAGCAAGAAAGUGCAAGUACCGGCAUUGUAAGUUUGGAGUCGAGCAAAAGCAAGGAACACGAGUGCCCAAUAUGCUUCAAGGUCUUUCCUUCAGGUCAAGCAUUGGGCGGCCACAAGAGGGCUCAUUGUACUGGAUCUAACGAAAGUAAAACCAACGAAACCACAACUGUGAAUCAAGAAGUUGCUGAAGUUCGUGAUUUGCUUGAUCUUAAUUUUCCGGUAACUGCUGAUGAAGGCACCAAAAGUGAUGUCGGACUCAAUCUGUGGUGGGCUGAGAGAAGCCAUGAGCAUGAGGCGCUAGUGCUCACUAAUUGACAAACUAACUCCAUCCCGUUCUCCCUGCAUCGAUAAAGCUGAUUGUCUAUCAUCCACCAAACAUUCCAUGAAUACGGAGAUACAAUACUAUUUUGUUAGAGUCGAGACAAGUUUUUGUUAAAACAUUUCUCAUCCAUGCUUGUAGCUUUCAAGUAGGAGAUAUAUACUUGCAAUACAGCAACUUGAUAUAGUGUUCAUGUUAUGUUAGGCUGCUAUAGUUUCAACUUGAUACCACCUUAAUAUCUUCUAAUUUCCACUU